AUGAUAUUGAUGGAGUCUGCUGAUGAUCUUGUAGGAGGGCACGUCUGGGAACCAGCCCGAGUCUUACAGCUACUGGACCUCUCCUCUUCCAGUCUGCGUAACGCCCACCAGGGUGAUGCCUCAGCAGCUCUGGGUUUGUCCUCCACUACGAGCCCUCUGCCCCAGCAGCUCUGGGUGCCAGAUAGAUCACCACACAAAGGUCAGAGUAGUAGCCAGUUGUCCUCCACUACGAGCCCUCUGCCCCAGCAGCUCUGGGUGCCAGAUAGAUCACCACACAAAGGUCAGAGUAGUAGCCAGUUGUCCUCCACUACGAGUCCUCUGCCCCAGCAGCUCUGGGUGCCAGAUAGAUCACCACACAAAGGUCAGAGUAGUAGCCAGUUGUCCUCCACUACGAGUCCUCUGCCCCAGCAGCUCUGGGUGCCAGAUAGAUCACCACACAAAGGUCAGAGUAGUAGCCAGUUGUCCUCCACUACGAGCCCUCUGCCCCAGCAGCUCUGGGUGCCAGAUAGAUCACCACACAAAGGUCAGAGUAGUAGCCAGUUGUCCUCCACUACGAGCCCUCUGCCCCAGCAGCUCUGGGUGCCAGAUAGAUCACCACACAAAGGUCAGAGUAGUAGCCAGUUGUCCUCCACUACGAGCCCUCUGCCCCAGCAGCUCUGGGUGCCAGAUAGAUCACCACACAAAGGUCAGAGUAGUAGCCAGUUGUCCUCCACUACGAGUCCUCUGCCCCAGCAGCUCUGGGUGCCAGAUAGAUCACCACACAAAGGUCAGAGUAGUAGCCAGUUGUCCUCCACUACGAGUCCUCUGCCCCAGCAGCUCUGGGUGCCAGAUAGAUCACCACACAAAGGUCAGAGUAGUAGCCAGUUGUCCUCCACUACGAGCCCUCUGCCCCAGCAGCUCUGGGUGCCAGAUAGAUCACCACACAAAGGUCAGAGUAGUAGCCAGUUGUCCUCCACUACGAGCCCUCUGCCCCAGCAGCUCUGGGUGCCAGAUAGAUCACCACACAAAGGUCAGAGUAGUAGCCAGUUGUCCUCCACUACGAGCCCUCUGCCCCAGCAGCUCUGGGUGCCAGAUAGAUCACCACACAAAGGUCAGAGUAGUAGCCAGUUGUCCUCCACUACGAGCCCUCUGCCCCAGCAGCUCUGGGUGCCAGAUAGAUCACCACACAAAGGUCAGAGUAGUAGCCAGUUGUCCUCCACUACGAGCCCUCUGCCCCAGCAGCUCUGGGUGCCAGAUAGAUCACCACACAAAGGUCAGAGUAGUAGCCAGUUGUCCUCCACUACGAGUCCUCUGCCCCAGCAGCUCUGGGUGCCAGAUAGAUCACCACACAAAGGUCAGAGUAGUAGCCAGUUGUCCUCCACUACGAGUCCUCUGCCCCAGCAGCUCUGGGUGCCAGAUAGAUCACCACACAAAGGUCAGAGUAGUAGCCAGUUGUCCUCCACUUCCUCUGCCCCAGCAGCUCUGGGUGCCAGAUAG